UCUGUCAUGGCUGCUGGGUAGUUCAGCAAUGCAGCAGGCCCGACGCAGUGUAGUAGGCUUUUUCAUUGGCCUCCUCCUCGCCUCUGUGUAUGGCAUGACGGCGCUGUAUAUUCAGAACUACGGCCUGUGGUACUGUCUCAUCACCACCACCACCGUUGCUGUUUUCACAGCGUUUGGAAUGGGCCUCUCCAUCCGAGUACGGACUAACGUAACACUGAUGCUGCCCAUGCUCUGCUCCAAGGAGGGCAAAAGGUUCCUGCUCUUUCUCAUCCUCACCCUGCUGGUCCAAGGCCCCUUGAGCAACACAGUGGAGAACUUUGAGCGAGCGGCAGACAGUGUGGUGUGUGGGGCAGAAUUAGCCAUGAACCAAACCCAGCUGCUCAUGCAGCGAGCUGCUACUCCUCUGCUAUCUGUGCUGAGUAAGAUAAAGGAUGUUAGCAGGAAUGCCUACUCGCUGUCCGGCAGAGUCCAGAACUUCAUCACUGCACUUACAGAGUCUGUGCGCCAUGUCUCUCGAACUCUGAGAAAUGUAAUGCACUUCCUGGCGAGCAUCGGUGACGUAUGUAACGAUAAGAUGGGCACACCCUAUAAGAAGUGCAACAUAGUGUUUGAUGAGGGUCGUGCUGACUGUAUGGAGUUGCUCUCAAUCUUCUCCUUUCUCUGCCACAUCGUAGAUGGCUUCAGACCUCUCUGUGGCCUCACUCGUGUUGGCGAACUCUUCUGUAUUUUACCCUCAUACAUUGCUGAACAUCUAAAGACUAGACUGGCUUCCCCGACUAUCGCAGCAUUUGAUCAAAUGAAGAAGGAAUUUGAGUUCAACAUGUCAGCUUCUGUGGACUUUGACAUGAACCUGAACAGGAGUCAGUCCUUGCAGGAAAUGGCUCAGGAGAUCAUGGAGGAGGUGGCUCAGGAGCAGGAGCGCUUCCUGGAGCUAAUGGCUGUGCUGGCCUAUGUGAGCCUGUUCCUGCUGCUGUUCAUGUACCUACAGGCUGUCCUGUACAAAAAACAUUACCUUCACACGGAUGAUUUCGACAACUUCUACAUAACAGAGCAGUUUGUAGAGAUGGAUCGCAAGUUUUCCAGACAGGGAAGACCAGCAGUACUGCCUCUCAGGGAGAGAGAGGCACUCACCUACAUCACACCCUACUCUUUGCGGAUGACGGCUCGUGAGAGGCAGGCUGUUGCGGCUGGCCUCGUGACCCUGCUGCAGCACAUGGCAAUGGGCUGUGUGGUGAUGGCCCUGGACCUCAUGGUGUUCUGGGUGUUUGACAUGCUGCAUCACCAGGCUCAGGGAGAGAUAGUGGCCAGAGCUCCUGUGGUUGUUGAUGUCCAGGUGAAUGGAUCUGGAUAUGCUUCUGACAUCUUCAAGGACAUUGUGGCCUCUUUUGACAUCUUCCAGAGAGGAAACAUCACAAUCCUGAGCAAGAAGUGUCUGAUGGAGCCUUUAGAGCCAGACUACAUAAGCUACCUAUUCAUAGGCUUUCUUUAUGGUCUUACCUUCUUCCUGGUGCUUGGAGGCAGUUAUGCUAAACGUCUCCAGAGAUCUGUGUGUGCACAUUAUCAUCCUCAGCGAGAAAAAGAGAGGAUCCUGUGGCUCCGUAGACAUAUCCUCUCUCAGCGUGGGUCUCUGGGGAAAGCUCUGCUAAGGGCGGUGGCCAGGGGCAAGGAGGACCAGGGACACAGUAGUGUACUGCAAAUACUAACACUGCGCCUGCCUGGUGGAGCCACCAUAGCCAGGUUCCUGGGUGUGUUUGAUAAGUCCUGCCUGGCCUGUGGGACGGUGAUGAAGAGCAAAGACUGUCCUGAUGCGUACACCUGCUCUACCCCAAACUGCACAGGCUGUUUCUGCAUGCAGUGCUUUAGAAUUAUGGGGAGGAUCUGUGCUGUUUGCAUGGGGCCCCUCACAUUCCAGGAAGACUCUGAGCAGGAGCUAGACUCCAGCGAUGAGGAGCAGGUGAAUCUGUGGGCAGCGGCUAUCACAACACCACACAUCAGUCUGAGCCGUGACAGGAGGAAGCUGAUGUGGAGGCGUUUGUCUGUGGCUACAGGGAGGCCGUUGGGAGAAGAAAGGAGCACAGAGGAACUCAGUGAUUCAUGCAGAAGUGAUUAUGACCUCAGGUGACACUGAUGUCGUUGUCCCUCAGCAUAAACAUAGGCUACCUCAUCAUAAUACAGUUAUAUUUGUACCUGUUCGUGUUUUGUUCCUUGCAUGUCUGAAAAUCAG